AUGGAGAAUUCACAACUCAUUCAGUUGUUUGAAAAAAUUAAAAUAGAAAUGGCAAACCAAACUAAAGAAAUUGUAUCAAAGAUCGACGAUAAACUUCUACCGUUAAUAAAUGAAAUAAAAGAACUUAAAGCAGAAAACAAUAAUUUGAGAGAAAAAAUGGCAAAUAUUGAAAAAUACAAACGAAAAAAUAAUAUUAUUAUACAUGGCCUAAAUGAAAAUGAGAAAUCUUCAAGUGGGCUUAUGACAUCUACUAUUGAAAAAAUAAAAAAUGAUCUCAACAUUUCACUUGAGAGUAGAGAUAUCGACUUCAUAUACAGAAUAGGAAAAAAACAAGAAAAAGCAAGACCCAUUCUCAUAUCUUUUAUUAAUGGCUGGAGAAAGAAUGAAUUAAUGUUAAAUAAAAAGAAAUUUAAAGAUGGAUACAUUUCUGAAGAUUACCCUUAG